AUGGCGACCACGAAAAAAAUGGCUCAAAGACUUACGUGCGAGUCAUUCAAGCAAUGGAUUCAGGGUCUUGAUGCAUUUCUCUUCGAUUGCGAUGGAGUGUUGUGGUGCGGAGCUGCCCCGAUCAAGGGCGCCGCCAAGACGAUCAGCCUCUUGCGAUCGCUUAACAAGCGUGUUAUGUUUGUGACCAACAAUGCCACGAAUAGCCGUGCUACUUAUGUGAAGAAACUUGCAUCGCAGGGCAUCACUGCUGAUGAGGCCGAUAUCGUCACUUCGGCGUGGGCUACGGUGCAGUACAUGAAGCAGCAUAAGAUUGAAGGCAAGGUGUACAUGGUGGGUGAGGCCGGUCUUCAGACGGAGUUGGAGCUGGAAGGUUACCAAGUCAGUGGCAUGGAGCAUAGUGAUAUCAAGGGCCUUCCGCAUGUACCAGAUAUUGAUAUGGACACGAAGGCUGUUGUCUGUGGCCUGGACAGAUACUUCUCAUAUUACAAAAUGGCGUACGCAACGGCAUGUGUCCUUCAGAUUCCGGGCUGCCACUUCAUUGGCACCAAUCCGGACUCGACAUUUCCCACGGAUGGAGCCAUUAUCCCGGGAGGUGGUUCCCUGGUCCGUAUGCUGGAAUGUGCCAUUGGCUACCCUCCAGAGGCCAUCUGUGGUAAGCCAUCGCAGGAUCUACUUCAGACAAUCAUUGCCACGUACAAGUUGGAUCCCUCACGCACGUGCAUGGUGGGCGACCGUCUUUCGACGGACAUUGAGUUUGGCAACGCUGGUGGUCUGCAAACGUUGUUGGUGCUGACUGGAAUCACGCAAGAGUCGGAUUUGAGCAAAAUUGACAACGCUUUUCAUGUACCCGACCACUACGUCGACUCUGUUGAUGCGAUCAAUCAGCUUCAAGCUGAGACGCUGGAGAGCUAG